AGUAGGAAGGCAGGCACAGGCAUCCACGCAGGCAGGAGAGGAGAUGGCGACUGUGGCAGGACGGACGGACGCCUGGGCUCUGCGCCUCGGGGGCCUGCUCCUGUUUCUCCUCGUCCUGGAGACGGCAGGUUCCCAGCUGCAGGUGACCACGGUGCCCUCCUCCACGGCCCACGUGGGCUCGGGGGCCCUGCUGCAGUGCCGGUUCGAUGUCGGGGGGCCCGUGGCCCUGGACUCCCUGCGGGUGACGUGGUAUUUCUGGAAGAAGAAGGUGGCCUGGUACGAGCCGGGCAGGAGCCAGGCCCAGCCCGGAGCCAGCCUGCCGUCGGAGAAGGCGCUGCAGAGCGGAGACGCCUCCCUGUCGCCGGCCGUGGUGACUGUGUCAGACGGGGGCUUGUACCGGUGUGUUGUGGGGUACGGGGCGCAGCAGCACCCGGGGAACACCACCCUGCGCCUGCUCGCUGCCCCGACGAUCUCCAUCCCGAGAGAACCAGCUGUAGCCAAUGUGGAGACCUCGCUCCUGUGCCACGUCGGGAGGUUCUUCCCCAAGGACGUGGACGUGGCGUGGCUGAGAGACGGGCAGGUCCUGGAGGGCUCCACCCGCUCCAGCCCCCAGACGAACCCGGACGGGACCUUCAACCUCACCCUGACCUACACCUUCACCCCCGCCCGCAGUGACGCCGGCAGUGUUUUCUCCUGCCGUGUCCGCCAUGCGGCUCUGGGGCAGUCGCUUCAAGAGGACGUCCCCCUGGUCAUCCCAGGUGGAUUAACGCCCAGGCCUGGUGGGCACUGGCUCAGACGCCUUCUGCAAAUGAGGGCCCCUCAGCAGCGAGAGGUGGGAAGCGCAUAUGCACUGCUAGCCAGAGGCAAACAGGUGGCCAGGAACCUGGCAGAAACCAGCUCCACAAACCAGCCGUCACCAUGUGAUAAAAUUUUGAGUGCAGAAAAUAAAGGGUUCCUGGCUGCCAUGAUCGCACUGGCAGUGGUAUCGGUAGUUUUCGCCGCAAUAAUCGUUUACCUCUGUGUGAAGAGGAGGAAAGGUUGGACGGUCCCCUACUCUGUAUCUGAGCUGCAGGUGCCAGAAAAGUGCCUUCUGGGUGAAGAGGUGACCCUGCGCUGCUCCAUGGAGGGGACAUUCCCUGAACAUAUCAAUGCAACAUGGGAAAGGAUCCGCAGCAAGUACAGGACGGUGUCUAAGAGCGCUGCGGACCAAGAAAGCUCCGAGCUCCAACCAAUAUUACCUGCCCUCCCCAUGGGCUGGAGAGUGACAGAGGAGAGAACUAGGACCCACCUCACGUCCUCCCUGACCUUCACCCCCACACUGCAGGAUGACGGGGCGCGGGUCCGGUGCGUCUUCCUCCACGAGGCCAAACGGAUUCGAGAGGAGCGAGUGUCCCCGGAGAUCCGGGUUUGGGCCCGGCCGCAGGUGUCUGAGAUCCAGGUGUUGCCAGAGUGGGACCCCCGCGACAAGGUGCCGUUUGCUGUCCAGCUCCACAACUUCUACCCCAGGGAGGUGCCCCUGAUCCAGUGGGGCUGGGACGGGGCUGAGAAUGGGGGGGAAGACCCCGCGCAGAUAGACAAGACAGCGGACGGCACGUUCACCGCAAUGAGCAUCUGGAGAGUGCCCACCUGGUGCCUGACCCGGCCGGAGCUGCGAGUGCGAGUGUGCGUCCAGCAAGGCCCCGGAGAGCCCCCGAGCGAGAGAGAGCUCAGCCUGAGGGCCGCGGGUCUCCUGCGGCCCCCGGACGUGUCUGAAAUCUCCCAGACUGAGUCCGUGGCCACGGGGAAGGGAGUCACCCUGAGCUGCCGCAUCGCGGGGCAUUUCCCGGGGGAGCUGAGCGUGACCUGGCUGCGGAGGAACAAGGGGAAGGCCUCUACUGUGAUCCUGCGGGACUCGGCUGAGUGCAGGGUGGAGCCCGGCACGGCCGUCCUGGCACGGGACGGGAAGAGCUUCCAGCAGGAGACCAGACUCAUCCUGUGGACGUCCAGGGACAAGGGGGCAGAGUACACCUGUCGCGUGGACCAUCUCACCCUGCAGACCUGCAUCGAGAAGAGCUGGCCAUGAUGAGUCUGCCAGAGCCUGAAGGAGGUGGGGAGGUGGCUGAGGACAGAGGCAGCAUUGUCAGUGUGAAGAAAUUCUUCUCCUUCUCUGUUCCUGGGUCUGAGAUCUCCCAUCCUCCGUAUUGUUUCCCACCAGGGAACCUGGGGAACCAGUUUGGUGAUGCUGGUCACUCCACCAGGGUGAUGACCACUUUUAAAAUGGUUGGUUGCCAUCAGCAGGGUUCAAAUAAUACCUUUUUCUGGGUGGAACCAGGUGUUGAGACAAAAACGUUAUUUAACUCAGGCUGCUGUCUGCAUGUAUGAGUCAGUAUGCUUGAAGAUUAGCUAUAAAGGUAGAUCUAAGUACAUCAGAUGCAUAUCAAAAGGGCCACUGAACUCUAUAUUUAGUAGAAGAUUCAAAAUAUCCCGUAUUGCUCAAGGUGUUAUCUCUGGAAUCCCUUUGCUUUCCUCUUCCCCCAUUCUCCCUUUUCUCUCCAAUAAAAAGUUAUUUCUUGCA